AUGGUCAUGACCUGUCAUCACGCCCCUUCCACAGCCCACCUCAUCCUAUUGGUCCUGCUCAUUGUCACUCCACAGCUGGCUGGCACCGCCCCUGUGUGGGGUGAGGGAGGGGAGGGAGGGGUGGAGGGGCACACCCGGACAGACCAUAGAGAAGACAGCCUCGCCCCCUUUCUCUCGCUCCCACCCCAGAGUCUCUCCAACCCUGACAACGUGUCCCUAGACCGGGGCCGGGGCCCAGGUCAAGAUAACCAAUCAGAUAAAACGACGGACCCUGCGCAGGUGCUCGCUGUGCUUUUGGAGGCCCUGGACCACCCGGGGGAGAGUGGAAUCCAGGGGAGCAGAAACAGAGACUGGGAAGAGGAUCAGAGUCGGGAGCUGCCCUCCGUUGAAAGGUUGGAGGGUGGUGAGAUAAGGAGAAGGGGGCAGACAGAGCCAGACAGGGGGGAAGAGCAGGAGAAGGAGGGGCAAAGGGCUGAUAAGGCUAUUGAACAGCUAAUUGUGGGCCAUUUGACAGCUGCUCAGGCUGAAGAUUUAAAGGAAAGAGAGGAGGAGGAUAAAAACACAAGGUCAGAGGAGAAUCCAGGGUGGUCUGUGGGACCUGAGCGUGUAAGUGAGGAGGGAAGGAAAGAAGAGAUAGAGGGACAGGAGAAGGGGAAGGAUUUAGAAAGUUUCUUAGAUAUCGCCACACUAAGUUCCACCUCGCAGGGAGAUGAUCUCUCUCUGCAGCGCAAAAUAAGAGGCUACUUCCAAAACAUUGACUUGGGUCUCCAAGAUAAUGAGAUCCUGCCUCCACUGAAGGGCUACAAGGCAUAUAACACUCAGCUAGCACGAGCAGGAAAGAAACAGCACUGGCAGGAGAACCAGUCCCGCAACAGACCCAUCAAGGGGGGCAACUUUAUGGAUGACUUUGAGGAUGAAGGAGAGGAGCUGGAGGAGGAGGUUGAGGAAGAAGAGGAGAGCCUCUCCCACAUGGAAGAGGAGGCGAGAGCGCGUGCAGAGAAACAGGAGGUGCUCCGGCAGCAGGAGGAGGCGGAGCGUGCCAGAGAGGAGGAGCAGAGGUUGGCUGACAUCGCCUCUGACAUGCUGCUGCAGUACAUGGGGAGGAAGCAGCAGUCCUACAUGAAGCCCCGGCAGAAAAGCAGCAUGGGAGCCGCUGGCAACACCGCCGAGGACAAGCGCUCCGAGGAGGUCCUCCCCGAUGAAGACGACCUGGACCAGCAAAUGAUCGACAGGCUCAUCGAGAUCAGCAGCAAGCUGCACCUGCCUGCGGAUGAUGUGAUUGAGAUUAUUAGUGAUGUGGAGGAGAAGAAGAAGAAAAGGAAAGAGCUUCAACAGCAGCCAAUCAACAGCAACCCUGUUGCCCCACGCUUCAGGCCUCUGGUACCUCCUCCUCUGGCUGCUCCGCCUAUCUACCACUACACAGCCUCAAAAAACCCCAAGAAAGCCCCUUAUAGGUACAACAAAUCCAACAAGAAAUGGCACAAGGACAAAGUCAAGUCAUAUAAGCAGGAAUAUUGGUAUAAGCCUCAGAAGCAGCUUGACUACUGGUAUAAACCCCAGAAACAGUUUUUAGCCUUCCCUUCCUAUCCAUACUACCAGAAGCCAUAUCGAGCAUACUACCCUGUAUAUUUCCCAUAUCCCAAACCACAAUAUUAUGGCAAGCCCCCCCCCUCCAGAGACCAGCCGUUCGGCCCCCAGGAACUUGACCUCCAGGCCCCAAGGCGCAGGCAUAGGGCUGGGGGUAAGAACCGUGGACAGGGCUGGAGGCAGCAACCAGCACCCCGACUGCCUCUCACCCCUUAUAUCUCUAACUAUAUCCUUCCUCACCCACGGACCUACCAACCCCUACCUCCCCCCAAACCAAUUACCACACCCAGGAGAGGCAGGCGACCCCCAUACUACUAUCCGCAAAUCACACCGGGAGAUGACUAUGAGGAAGAUGGGCUGGUACCUCAGCUGGACAGUGAGGAGGAACUGGAGAACUUUAUUGAGAGGAUCUACAUGAAGCGCAGAAUGUAUUGA